CAAACCCAAAGCGAUCUGAGGAGCACUGACCACGACAGGAAGACCCGAGCUUGCUGCUCCCGUCCCGGGGCAGUGCAGGUGGCAGCCGGAAGGAGGGAGGAGCUUCACCAGAACACCUGCAUCGACUACUUCCCCUACUUCCUCUACGGCAUCGCCACUGCUUCAACUCCGCACCAACCCUACGACAAUGGCAUCCUCCUCCAUCGCACCCGGUACAUUGAUGUGUUAUGAUAACAUUGAGGUACUGAUGAAGAGGAACUUUCAGAAUCGGAAGUCCCAUGUGGAAAUGAGUUUGGGGGUCAAUGGACUCGAUUAUGCUCUCAGGGAAGAGAAACCUAAGCCUCCAGCUACUGGAGUUGCUGGGUAUGAUGAACUGAUGAAAGCUUAUGAAAUAAAGCUGGAGAAGUGGGACAAUUCAAAUCAUGUCGCCUUUCUUGUUAUGAAAACUUCAAUCUCCCUUGAUAUCAUCGGGGCUCUUCCCGACAAGGGCACUACUAAAGAAUUUCUUAAAGCAGUUGAAGAACAAUUCAAAAGUUCUGAAAAGGUAUAUUCUCGAGAGAUUCUUGGCAAGCUUCUUGAGAAGUAUGUGAUUGAAGGAAAUGUAAGAGGCCAUAUCUUAAGGAUGGUGAAUGCAACUUCGAAACUUAAGGCUUUGGAGUUUGUCCUUAAUGAAAAUAUCCUAAUCCUCUUGAUAUUAGAGUCCCUCCCUCCAGAAUUUGAUCAGUUCAAUAUCAAUUAUAAUUCUCUGAAAGAAAAAUGGUCGCUUGCGGAGAUGACUCCUCAAGUUGUUGAGGAGGAACAGAGGAUCAUGAAAUGGGCAAAAGACUAGGCUUUUCAUGUUGGCUCUUCCAAGAGAAAGCAUGACGGCCAGGCAUCUUCUUCCAAGGCCCCAAAGAAGCAAUUCAUUCAAAAUGAUACUCAGGCUGCUCCUAAGGGCAAGGGCCAUGCUGCGAGCACAUCUGCUGGAGAUGUGAAGAAUGCUUGCCAUUUUUGCAAAGAGAUAGGCCAUUUCCGAAAGAAUUGCCAUGGAUUCCUCAAGUGGAUGUUGAAGAAAGGUAAUGAUGAAGUUACUUUCGUUGAUGAAUCAUUGUAUGUUGACUUUUCUCAAAAUACAUGGUGGAUUGACUUAGGUGCAACCGUUCAUGUUGCAAACUCCUUGCAGGGUUAAGUUUGAUCUACACCAUAAAGGCAAGAACAAGAAGCAUUAAAGUCGCCAAUGGAAAGGAAGCUGAUAUUGAAGCUGUGGGGACUCUCACAUUGGAGCCGGCUUUCAUCUACAUUUGAAUAAUGUCCUUUACGUACCUACAUUGAGUAGGAAUUUAAUUCCAGUUUCUUACUUUGAUGAUAUUUCUAUUGCAUGUUUGUUUGGGAAUCAA